UCCGCGACGACGCCACCAUGUUUCUGCAGAACCCACAGGAUCCUGACGAAAAGAUUCAUCUGCCGCACCUACCGGAAGUCCUGCACAGCAGAUGUGCUUGCGUGCUCGCUCUCCGACAAGCCGACGAUCCCCGGCUGCAUCGUGCUCCUCGUCGAGCCCGAAGACACCAUCAUCUGGUACUGUCACGUCGGAGAAGAUGAGGAGUGGGUUAGGCACGAGUACGAUAUUGGCACGCAGCACUUGGAUCCACCCAUGAAUGGCAAGGACUAUGAGAAAGUACUGAUAUGCUCGAUCGCAGCUUGCCAAGGCAAGUUCUACUUCAACGCCAGAUUCCACAACAUCAGUGUGCUGGAGUUCACCCCAGAGCCGACGUUCAGCUCCAUCGCAAUCACCGACCCCAUGGAUUUUGUGGGCGCAGCAUGCAUAUUCUUGGUGGAGUCGGAGAGCGAACUUUACAUGGUAUGUCAGCUGCUUGAGUACGACUUCAAGACUGUCUACGACGUCACUGUUUAUAAGAUGGAUUUCUCCAAGCAUCAAUGGUGCAUAGCCGAGGACAUUGGUGGCCGUACGUUCUUGAUAGCUCCUUGUUAUUUUGGUGCUUCACGUUCGGCUGAUGAGUGUGGGCUAGAGAAGGAUUGUGUAUAUGCUAUUUUUGCGCGUGAUAAAUAUUUUGAGGUAUCCAAGGUAGAGGAUGGAGAAACUGACGAGUAUGAUCUCAUCGAAGCUCCAAAUUCAGAAAGAGGGAUGUGGAUUUUGCCCAUUACUGGGUAGUCUAGUUUCACAAUUGGGAAUUGGACUUUGUUUUAUCAUAUAUUUCACCUGUAAAGAAACAUGUUCUUAAUCAGUGUAACCGUAGUUAAAUUCGUGUUUCCAACUUAAUGAGCUAUA